AUGAUACUUCGAAAAUUUAUAAAAAAUAUCACCAUUUUGGUAUUCUGUUUUUUAAAUUUAAUAUUUAUUUCAAAUGCCGAGACACCUCCUGUUCAGGCAUGGAUCAAAACUUCAUGGGAAGCUCCCUACUUGGUUCUUGAAAUUAUUGAAUCUGUAACUGUCGAAAAUUCUUCAGCAUAUUUUCCUCUCAUUGAUGAAUUUUUGAGACGAGGUUUAAUAUCCUCAAAUACAAUGUCAGAUUCUGACCUAUAUAAACAAGCUUUAAGUAUAAUUGAAUCAGGACAAUAUUUGUCAGUGCCAACCUCACUAUCAUUUCUUGAAUUUGCUCUUUAUUUACAUACCACUGCGCCAGCGAUUCAAGCAUAUUAUCAUUAUUAUAAUGCAACCGUAGUUCCAAGUACAAAAGAUUAUAUUGAAAACCAUGAAAAUUUGAAAUUUGAUCCUGACUGUGAUGUUUGGGUAGAUUGGUAUGGAAAUCAGGCUUGUAGUAUUGAAGAAUUUAAAAGAAUCGCCGGAAUUACUGAUGAUAGUAAAUUUAACUUAAGUUUUAAUAUAAAAAGUGAUGCACCGUCUCCUAAGCUCUUACCUUUUGAUCAUAUUUUGCAAUAUGAUGAAAUUACACCUAUAGCUAUUUUAUACGCUAAUUUAUAUUCACCAGAUUUUGUGACUUUUCAUAAAUUAUUGUCUGAUUUGGCUAAGAAUGGAGUUUUAAGCUAUGUCUUGCGAUAUAGGCCACCAAAAGACAAACGAGACACAUUAUAUCUAUCUGGAUAUGGCGUGGAAUUGGCUUUGAAAAACACUGAUUAUAUUGUAUUGGAUGAUCGUAAGGUAGAAACAGGUGAUGAUGUAAACAACAGUGAUAAUCAAGAAUCAAUUUUCCAAGAAAGGCCAUCGACUGAUAAUUUAUUUGAUCAGCAAAUAUCUGAAAUAAAACCUUUAAAAUAUGACCUUGGUCUCAAAGCUGCACAAUUUGUUUUAGAGGCUCAGAAUCCAUUAUCAACACUUUCUCAGCUAUCACAAGAUUUCCCAAAAUACUCCGGUUCUAUUUCGCAAAUUACACUAAAUUCUACAUGGGAAACAGAAAUUCGAUUGAAUCAGCAAUACAUUAUGGAUUUAGAUAAAAACUCUAUUUGGAUAAAUGGACUAAAUUUAGAUCCCUACUCUGUUGAUCCAUUCAGUUUAUUGAAGACAUUACGUCGUGAAAGACAAAUUAUGUUAUCUCUCAAAAGCCUUGGUUUGAAUUUGCAGCAGGCUGUUGAAUUACUUGCGUCUCCCAUAAUUUCGGAAUCAAAAUCUUCUCAGGACCUUUUUAGAGGUGUUUUUGACGUUCGUGAUAAAUCUGACAAAGGACAUGCAGUUGUAUGGUUAAAUGAUUUAGAAAAAGAUGAUCGAUACGCUAAUUGGCCUCGUCGUAUUUAUGAGCUGCUUCGUCCUGUAUAUCCAGGACAAAUGCGGUAUAUACGCAGAAAUUUGUUUUCUGUCUUGUUUGUCCUUGAUCUCUCCUCUAUGGGUAGUCUUAAAACUAUUACCGAAUAUGUCAACAUGCUUAUAGCUCGAGACGUUCCUAUCCGUUUUGGUGUUGUCCCUCUGUUUUCUGAAAAUAAACAAGACUCUCUUGUAAUGGCGCGAAUAUUUUACUAUCUCGUUGAUCGAUACUCCACAUCGUUGGUCAUAGAUUUUCUUGCCCAAAUUUAUUCUGAACUCAGUAAAUCAUCGACAAAAGAAUUUAAUGAAAUAAUUCGAGAAAAAUUUGAUCAUGUGAUUAAUGACAAAAAGUUAAAUGAGGAAAAAAACUCUAGUACUUUUGAAGAUAUAAUCAAUUCAGAAAAAUCUCCAGUUAGUGAACAAAUAGAAGAUGCAGCCAAGUUCAUCCAUCGAUUUCAUAUAAAAUUGGAAGGUGAUGGAGUUUUCUUCGUAAAUGGAAAAUAUUUCGAUAUGGAUGAAAACUAUCAACGUAACAUGGCUCAAAUGAUAAAUGAGUACACAGUAUUUUUACAGCAAAGAGUCUACAUAGGAGAGAUUAAUGAUAUCACCGACAUUUAUGAUUAUUUUAUGACCAUGCCGGGUAUUCCAGAUAGAAGAAAUUCUUAUAUUUUUGUAUCAGAUUAUCAACCUUUAAAUGUAGUCAAUUUAGUCAUUGAUAAAGAUUGGAAUAAUGUACCAAUUAACAACUUAAAAUACGUCUAUUCUGAGAAUCAAACUAGCGAAGAGAUUCCUAUGACAAUAUUAAUUGUUUCGGAUUUCAAUAAAAAAGAUGGUGCAAUGCAAGCAUUAGAAGCACUAAAAUUUUUGGAUGCAUCGCCAAACGUACGAAUAUCCUUCAUCCAUAACCCAUCAAACGAUGCCGGUGACAGUAUCAUGUCAUCAAUGAUUUACUAUCUACUAUAUGAAGUUGCAGACUUACCAAAACAUUUAUCACUCAAGUCUGCGUUUCAAGAGUUUUUAGAUAAACUUUCAUUGGAAAAAAAUCAUGUGAAAGAUGGUAAUGAUGAAAAACAAAUUCCGAUUGGAAAAAUUAUAAAUUCUGCAGUAUCAGCAGGGUGGCAAAUGGUCGAUAAUUUAAAGGCUGACAAAUAUUGGAAAGAUAUGAAACUAUUCAUUAAAAAUCUGCUAAAAUUAGACCAAGGAGAUACUGCCUUCGUCGUAAACGGUCGUAUCGUUGGACCUAUUGAUCCGGAUGACUUUUUUACCUCCGAUGAUUUCGAAUUAUUGGCCAAUACUGAACUUACCGAACGUAUAAAUCCCGUUAUUGAAACUACAAUUUCCGUAAUUUCCGUUUCUGGUGUGUCUGACGUUCCAGUUGGCCUCUUUAAUAUCCAAAAUAAUAAACGUGAUCUUUUAUACAAAACUUUGAAGAGAGAAUGCGGUCUAAUACGGAUUGGUCAAAAAGAAACCGCAACGUAUUAUAUUGCCGCUGUUGUUGAUCCAUUAAGUCAAACAGCACAGAAAUGGUCAACCAUUUUAAUGACACUAUCCAAAAUUGAGGGUGUUUACAUUGAGCUGUACCUAUAUCCUCAACUGAAUUUGAAAGAAUUACCAAUAAAACGCUUUUAUCGAUAUGUUUUGGAGCCUCGGUUGAAAUUUAACGAAACAACAGGCGCUCUUAUCCCGCCAACUGCUUAUUUUGCGCAUCUUCCAGAAGAUCCACUAUUAACGCUUGGCAUGGAUGUAAUCCAAUCAUGGCUAGUCACACCAAAAGCGUCAAUACAUGAUUUGGAUAAUAUUCGUUUAACCAACCUAGAUAGUCGAUCUAGAAUUAAAGGAGUAGAGGCAGUUUUCGAAUUGAAAAAUAUUCUUAUUGAAGGACAUGCAUUUGAUGUUACAACGAAUUCACCGCCAAGUGGCCUUCAACUUUUACUUGGCACAAAUAAUUAUCCUGCGAUAGUUGAUACAAUUGUGAUGGUUAAUCUUGGGUAUUUACAAUUAAAAGCAAAUCCUGGCGUCUGGACACUCCGAUUAAGAGAGGGAAAGUCAAAAGAAAUAUACGAUGUCCUAAGUGUUGGUAGUGAGGGAUGGUUUAGUCGGAGCGUUAAUGAAACUGGUAACGAAAUAGUAUUAAAUAGCUUUGAAGGGUUGAUAAUUUAUCCUCGUUUUGUGCGUAAGCCGGGAAAAGAAAAUGAAAAAAUUAAAGAGGAUGAAGACGAUGAAGGUCUUUGGGAAUAUUUCAAUAAAAUCAAGAAUAAGUUCACACAUAAACAAGAUAGUAAUAUACAAAGCAAAGCUGAAAUAAAUAUAUUUUCGGUGGCAUCCGGGCACCUUUAUGAAAGAUUUUUGUAUAUAAUGAUUCUUAGUGUGUUGCGACAUACAGAUAGCAAAGUAAAAUUUUGGUUCAUUGAAAAUUUUUUGUCCCCUUCCUUCAAAGAUUUUAUACCACAUAUGGCUAAAGAAUAUAAGUUUGAAUACGAACUCGUGACAUAUAAGUGGCCACAUUGGCUGCGCAGCCAGACGGAAAAGCAGCGGACGAUAUGGGGAUAUAAAAUUUUGUUUCUUGACGUUCUUUUCCCUCUCGAUUUGGACAAAGUUAUCUUUGUUGACGCUGAUCAAAUCGUUCGAACUGAUCUUAAGGAGUUAGUUGAUAUGGAUUUAAAAGGUGCACCAUAUGGAUAUACUCCGUUUUGUGAUAAUCGACCAGAAAUGGAUGGGUUUAGAUUUUGGAAGUCUGGAUACUGGAGUGAACAUUUGAACGGAAAGUCAUAUCAUAUUAGCGCUUUAUAUGUAAUCGAUUUGCAAAGAUUUCGUCAAAUGGCUGCUGGGGAUAAAUUACGUGGUCAAUAUCAGUUCCUUAGUUCAGAUCCGAACUCUCUAUCGAAUUUGGACCAAGAUUUGCCAAAUAACAUGCAACAUAUUGUGCCAAUAUUUUCUCUGCCACAAGAAUGGUUAUGGUGUGAGACAUGGUGUAGUGCUGAAUCAUUAGCUACGGCAAAGACUAUCGAUUUGGAGCCUAAACUCGACAGAGCAAAGCGUCAAAUUCCUGAAUGGGAGUCAUAUGACAAUGAAGUAGCAGCUUUAGCGACAAAGAUUGGGCAACAAAAAUCUACAUUAGAUAAUCAACAUAAUGUUCCAGAAAGCAGUUCACGAAAAACAGAAUCAACCACCACCUCCAAAAUAGCAGCUCCUGCUACUCAUCUUCAUGAAGAAUUAUAG